UAUAGCAUAUAUGUAAUACACAUUUAUGAAUAUAUUAUUUUUUUCAAAAUCUUGCUGUUAAUUUAAAUAUUUUGUGGUGUAAUAUAAUUUUGCUUUAAAAUGCAGCAUAAAGAGAGAGGUCCCGAGGAGAGCCAUGAGAUGAGAGAGCAGCGCCACAUGCAGGUCCUAUAUUCGAGGCAUACUCGAGAACGACAAGUUUUUAUGCAAGAACUUAAUGAGAUCCGAAGACGAAAAGAAAAAAAUGUGUUAAAAACUGUUAAAAAACUGAUUGGUCCGACGUGGUUGCAUGCCCUUAGUGUACCUCAAAGAAACGCAUUGAACUCUUUAGAAUUCUCUAUUUAUCAGGAUAUACUUGAAGGUCGUCCUGUGAGAACUGCAAGUAUUAUGCGUCAACUCGGAUUAUACCCAAGGCCAAACAAUGUAGACCUUAUGAAUUGUGUUCAUUUUGGUCGUGAUGACCCGAAAAAAAUGUUAGCUCAGCUGUUUCUUAUUACCUACGGACAUCCGAUAGAAGGCAAAAGAUCAUUGUACGACCUUAAUUCUAGACUUAUCUUAUCAGCCAUCUUAUACCUGGGCCUUGAUAACUUACUGGAACUUUUAAGAAAAAGAUUUAGGGCUACAGAUGUAAAAGAAUCACCAGAGAAAAAACCAAAAUCAAAAAAUCUUACUCCCUUACAAUCGCCAUAUUUGCAAGAUAUGAUUGCGGUAUUAUAUUUGCCACCUAAAAGGAAACCAUUUAAACCACUUCCUCUUCCAGAUAUAGACGAUCUAAACGAAGCGAACGAGCCAUAUGAAGAAGAGCCUACCAUACCCAAACCGCCACCACCACUGUCUCCGCCUCCACCACUACUGUCUCCGCCUCCACCACUACUGUCUCCGCCUCCACCACCUAAAAAGAAAGUACAUCGCUCGUUUUGUGAUAAGUUAGCAGGUUUCGUGAAAAUUGAACCAUACUCUUCGUUCACCACAGUCGCUGUAAAAACUUUUACUCAAAGAAGCCAAGGUCAUAAGCUUCGAGGAUCUAAAAUGUGUGUAGAGGUAAAGAAAAGUUAUGGUAUCAGCAUGUCACGACCGACUAAAAGUUUAAAACGAAGAAAACUUACUGCUCCUGAUACUGGUAUUCCGAAUGCGCAAUAUCAGAUCCACGGUGUUUAUAAAAUCCACGGAAAAACAGUAUUCGUGCUUGGAAAUGUCUCUAUAUUACCCUCAGAUGGUGAUCUGAUUAAUGGUGGUUAUAGAUAUAUUGGCGGAGAAUACAUUAACAUACAUUGUGGUUUCCGAGCAAAACCACCACCUCCGAAACCUGAACCUUGUGAUUGCGUCAAGAAAUGGCAAAACACCGUGUUGAAGUAUGUGAAGGAAAACAAAUGUGUAUGUGGACAUCAUUACGAUUAUGGAAACGAAGGCACAUUUGGUCCAGAAGAACUGCCAUACUUUCAAAAGGCAACGAAAUUUUCUCCUUAUCAAUUCAACUAUCAAACGAUUUACAACCUCGAUCAAAAGCAUCUUUACAUCGAAAAGGAAUUUAAAAGAAUUUGGGACACAGACAGCGCGCUUCACAUAGAUGAUGGUGUUGUCGUCGAAAAGAAAGAUAAGAAAAAGAAAAAAAUUAAAAAAUCUUCCGCAACGUGUCUCGGUGAAGCUCCGAAACCUGAAGACUACUUAAAAUGUGCCUUGCGCCAAAUGAGGCGUAUAAAUAUUGCGGCAAAAUUACCAGAUAUUCAUUUAGUACCCGAAUUGAAAGAGUGGAUGAGAAUGCGCAUUUACGGUCCCUUCACACGAUAUGCGAAGAAAGAAAUGUUACGCAAAAGUAUAGCUUUUUGGCAGACGUUCUUGACGUUAGCACAAAAGAGUUUCGGGCAUGUUUCUCCUAAGAAAGACCCAAUGUAUGCUGGUCACACUAAUUGGAUACAUAAACAGGAGUUGAAUGAUAAAUUUCGGAAAUCCACUUUUCAAUAUAAAUUGGAGCUAUAUAGGUCAUACGCGAGAAUAAACAAUCUGCUGUGGCGGACGAUGUGCCAAGCUGAAUUCCCAGAUAAAAAGUUUCGUGAAAUAUAUUUUUCAUAUCUUUAUGGUCGCAUAGAAGAUUUGCACUUAAUGCAUCCAUAUAGCACAAAAGAGACGAUGGAACGUAAGUUUGCUAUGGCCAAGAAGCGAUAUGUUUGUUCUCCCCAUGGUGUUGAAUCACAAGAAUAACU